CGAGCCCACGGAUUUGUACACGGACGAUAGCUUUCAGGGUGUUCUUUGCCAGUUUGUGGCUUUUAUCGGUGUGGGGCGAGCGCGUAUAAACGCAUACACCUGCGCAUAACCAUACACCCAGCUGUUGAAUAGUCUCGUGCGUGUGUGUGUGUGUGUGUGUGUGUGUGUGUGUGUGUGCGCGAGUCGCGGCAUCGGCUUUAUGGCCGACUCGGAUGAGGCGGCAGCAGCUGAAUCGGCGAGACCGGAUGCCUCGCCACCAAGCAGUGGCUCGGUGCCUGAUGAAUCUGAUGAACGGGAGGAUGCUGCGCACGCAGUCGUCGCUCAGGACCCCGGCAGCCCGGGCCCAACGGCUGAAGAAGAACAGCAAGAAACCCAUGCUCCCGACGCUUUUGAUGCGCCAGAUGCAGCCGAUGCGUCUGAUGCCGUGCCCAGCAGCCCGGGCCUCACCGUGCCCGAGGUGGGUGCAGCCGCAGCCCGUCGCGCCGAGCUGAUUGAAAAGAUGCGCUCCCAGCGCCUGACCUCCCUCAAGCCCGGCCCCGAUGGCGAAACGCAUGCCGUACCUGUUGCGCAGCCCGGCGAUGAGCCCCUCCCCGGCCAGGAGGUGAUCGGCGUGGCCAUACCGCCCCCAACGGAAACGGAGGACGUCUCACGACUUGCCCGCAGUGGCAGUCUGCGGGUUGUCCCCUCCUCCCCGACCCGCACCAACGCACCUGCCGCUGCGCGUGUGACCAACGAUGGCACCACUCCUGCUGCGUCCCGCGGCCUUUUUCGCAAGCUCAAGUGGCGUGGCAACACUGGGAGCACGUCCGAGGAAGGCGGGUCAGGCGGCGAGGAGACGCCGGCUGAAGAGUCUCGCCCGGCGCGGAGUGGCAGCAACCCUCGUACGAGCGCCGCGGCCCAAGCCCGGGAAGACCAAGAGCGCCGCCAGCAACUCAAAGCCGAAGCCGAUGCCGAGGGACACCGACGCGAAUGCGCCAACAUGCUCAACAUGUGUAAGAUUGCCCUGAAAACCAUGAUCGAGUCCACCAUUGGAUUGGCCCCGCCCAUUCACGACUCGCACCGCCCCUUGGCCCAGCUUCUACUCGUGCUUGAGGCCGUGCUGCGCCAUGGUGUGCGUAAGCGUGCCCUUGCCGCCAACCGGGACGUUUUUGCCUUGUUUGAUGCCGCCGACCGCGGCGGGCUCUUGGCCGAGCUGGCCGAGCCUGCGGCCGCCCUCGGUCCCGACCAAGUGACUCUUGUUAGUAUUGUCAAGCAAGCGCGCAGCCAUCCGGCCCUGCGCACGAACCAGGGCCGAGGUCGGUUCUGCCUUCGGCAGGCCACCCAGCACAAGCUCAUUUCAGAGCUCGUGCGCACUGCGGCAGACCACCCAGCCGUCCUGCACGACGCGUUCGAGCCCUGGGCCUUUUUGCGGUCAGAGGACGCGGUAGUGCUAGCCGGUCUGCUCAUGGGCCUGGCAACCCUGGAGCUCGAUCUUGAGUGCCCCGCCGAACAGCUCGACACGGACACAGAUGUCUUGGACCUCAGUCUCUAUUUUAAGGAUGGCAACUAUCUGAAACCAGCCACCGCAGAGAAUCCCGACGAGGAGGACGCGCGCUUCUCUGAAGAAACAUUCACGGCCUUGAGUGAUCAAAACGCACGCUUGCGUGAGCACAAUCGCAAGCUGGAGCAACAGCUCUUCUCGUCCAAUCAUGAAAUGGCGGAGACCAAGGAGCAGCUGGUUGCGGCUCAAGCCGCAGCCGACGAAGCCCGAGCCAAGGUUACCGAGCUACAGCAAGAACUCGCCGAACGUAAAGAGCUUCAAGCCGUCGAGGCAGACAUUUCCACUGAGCGCGCCACGUACAACGUCUCGCGCGAAGGCUUGAGCCAGGUCUUGGACGCGACGACCCAACAAAUGGCCAAAGAGCAGCAGCUGCGCGAGGAGAUGGAGCGCGAAUUGGUGUCCUGGAAGCAGAAGCGCGAUGAAUUGAGCGAUCAAGUGCAGGGGCUCGAAGCCAAGUUGGCUCAGCGGCAAGAGGCCAACGACAACUUGCGCAAGCAGCUCAAGGAUGUCAAGGGCCUCAACUUGCAGAUGCUCUCCACCGUGCAGGAACUACAAGACAAAGCCAAGGAAGCCGAUGAAAAGACGCAUGCAAUUCAGCGCAAGUGCGAUCAAUAUCAGGGUGAAAUCCAGGGUCUGACCUCCAAGCUCGGCGACGGCGAGACGGCACGCGAGCGGCUGGAGAAGACGUUGGUGCAAGUCACGCAGCGACUCAAGGUCAGAUCUGGCUCUUACUAG